GAACAAGUUUUCAAGAAAACUAUGGAAGAUACAGUUCCUUCAAAGUUCACAAGUAGCCCUCCAGUAGAAUUCGAAACUGCAAAUGAAAGUAUAAAGUUAGUGACUAUUAAAGCAGAUGAAGCAACUGAAUCGUUAGAGGAAAUGGAACCGGGUAAUGAACAGAACUUUCAGCUUUUAGUAGGCAGUUCGUACACAUCAUGGGAUAUAGCUGAAACACAUCUCAACAAUUACGCUAAAGCUGUGGGAUUCACUUUACGUCGAAAGCGAGUAGUGACUGAUAGUAAUGGAAAA